UCUCUGCUCUGCUUCCUUUUAGUUCAUUCAGUCUGACACCCAUUGCACGCACACACCUUCCGCACGCUUUUCUGUCUCUGCAGAUGCCAUCAUUCUUCCUUCUCCACACUUGAUUCUAGAGAGAGAGAGAGAGGGUCUUCGUUUCGGGAUCUUCUCUUGAGCCCAUUUCUACAGUUAUGGAGAGAAAACAGGGCUUCUUUUCGGCGUUCAAAGAGGAGUUGGUUAGAGCCCGACCUCGGGGCCGAGGACGCCCCUCGCCUUCCGCUUCUGAAAUCAUCCGGCGUCGCCGCCGCCCCGGCGGCGAGGCACUGUCGCCGCUGCUGGAGGGUCCGGAUCCCACCGGGUCGGACUGCGGGGAGUCCAAGAGCGAAAAGUGGGGGAACUGGAUAUUCCGGCCGCCGGCCGCCGCCUCCCGCUCCGACCUCAGGCUCCUCCUCGGCAUCUUAGGCGCGCCGCUCGCCCCCGUGCAUGUCACCAACAACGACCCUUUGCCUCAUCUCACCAUCAAACACACCCCAAUUGAAACGUCGUCAGCUCAGUACAUCUUGCAGCAGUAUAUGGCGGCUUCUGGGGGCCAGAAGCUUCAGAGUAUCGCCAAUGCAUACGCGAUGGGCAAGCUGAAGAUGUUGGCCUCGGAUCUCGAGACAGCCACCAAGGUUAUAAAGAACAGGAACUCUUCGAAAACGCCUGAUUCUGGUGGUUUUGUGCUCUGGCAAAUGAAUCCCGACAUGUGGUACAUUGAGCUCGCGCUUGGUAGCAACGAAGUUCAUGCUGGCUGUAACGGUGGGCUCGUUUGGAGGCAUACACCUUGGCUUGGCACACACGCCGCAAAGGGUCCCGUCAGACCCUUGCGACGUGCCCUUCAGGGACUGGACCCUCGAACUACUGCCAACAUGUUUGCCAAUGCAAGAUGCACGGGCGAAAAGGAGAUAAAUGGCGAGGACUGUUUCGUCCUCAAACUCGCAGCCGAUCCACAUACAUUGAAGGCGAGGAGCGAGGGGGCAGCAGAGAUAGUAAGGCACGUUAUCUUUGGCUAUUUUAGCCAGAAAACGGGACUUCUCGUGCACUUGGAAGACUCGCAACUCACCCGAAUCCAAACAAAUGGAGGCAGUACUAAUAAUGCUGUUUAUUGGGAGACCACAAUCAAUUCAUUUCUCGACGACUAUAAACCCGUCGAGGGAAUCGUGAUCGCCCAUUCGGGGCGGUCAGUGGUGACCCUCUUCCGCUUUGGCGAGACCGCCAUGAGCCACACAAAGACAAGGAUGGAAGAAGCGUGGAGCAUCGAGGAAGUAGCAUUCAACGUCCCCGGGCUAUCAGAAGAGUGUUUCAUUCCUCCUGCAGAGCUGAGACACAGUUCCAACGGGGAAGCUUGUGAGCUUUCUCGAGGGGCGAGAACGAAGAACGAGGCCUGCAAAAUUAAAGUUUCUGCACUCGAUAAAUCGUGUGGUGGCAAAACCAAUAGCGUCACAUUGGGUGAGUAUUUGAGGUGAAGGUGAUCAUGGAAGUUUUAAGUUUGUGUAUCCCAAUCUGGCAAUCUGUACAUAGUCACAGGAUUAUUUAGAGAUUACUUCUCCAAAACUUUAUUACAUUUUGGUUUUUCAGUCUGUAAUGUAAUACUUCCUAGGAUGAAUUCCAAUUGUAAGGCUGGCGGUUUUGCAUCUUCUAUAGUUCUGUAAAAUUCUGCCCCUCUGAACUGUGGUUUCUGUGAAUAAAAAGUGGAUUUAUAU